CGUCACCAAUCCCCUACGUUGACCAAUGACUUUCACCUUCCGCCUGCCACUCGACUGCAAAAACCUUUCUUUAGCUUGUGAGCGACGUCUUUGACGAUGUGGAGGUGAGCCCAUGGAAAAGUCGUUAUCUUCAGACAGCGGAGCCCCGGAGGAGAGAACAGGCCUAGUGGAGGAUGGUGGCGUGCUGAGGGGGGCAGAGGGCAGAGAGGCGGGUCCUCAAGCCCAGAGGAGGAGCAGCUCUUGCCGGUCCUCACGCAAGAGCUUCCGACUGGACUACCGCAUUGAGGAAGAUGUGACAAAGUCCUGUCGAGACAAACAUGGCCGCUUCACCAACCCCUGGCCCACAUGGUGCUUCCCCUCCUACUCCACCCUGCUCCGGUUCUUGUUACUGGACAAGAACCACAGCAAUAUCCCAACUAGUAAAGAGGCCCUUGACAACGAGCUACCGGUGAUGGAGCCGUACUUUGUCCAGAACCCGGACCUUUCCCUCUCCGGUCCAGGUCUGAGGGUCACCUGGCUGGGUCACGCCUCAGUUCUGGUGGAACUGGACGGGUUGAAUAUUCUGACAGAUCCCAUUUUCAGCCAGAGGGCGUCACCGUUCCAGUUCAUGGGUCCUAAAAGAUACAGAGGCCCACCUUGUAGCGUGCAACAGGUGUGCUUGCUUUUCAAACAACAUCUAUGUGCUUUAUUUAAACUGGGUCUGGUUCUCCAGUUGCCCCGGAUCGACGCUGUGGUCAUCAGUCAUUCCCACUACGAUCAUCUUGAUGCUGGAACAGUGGCCAGCCUUAACACACGCUUUGGAGGGGAGCUACGCUGGUUCGUGCCCCUCGGCUUGAUGGACUGGCUGUCCAAGGCGGGCUGUGAGAACGUGAUGGAGCUGGACUGGUGGGAGGAGAACUGCGUGCCGGCUCACGAUGAUGUCACGUUUGUGUGCACGCCCUCCCAGCACUGGAGCAAACGCAGUGCCGUGGACGACAACACGUCCUUAUGGGCCAGCUGGGCUGUACUGGGUCCAGAUCACCGCUUCUUCUUCGCUGGCGAUACUGGCUACUGCCCGGCCUUCAAGGAGAUCGGUCGACGUUUUGGACCGUUUGACUUGGCGGCAAUCCCCAUUGGAGCGUAUCUUCCCAGGGAUGUGAUGAAAGGGCAGCAUGUAGACCCAAAGGAGGCGGUGCAGAUCCACAUGGACAUUCAGGCCAAACACUCACUGGCUAUUCACUGGGGGACUUUUGCUCUGGCCUAUGAGCACUAUCUGGAGCCGCCGCGUCGCCUCCAAGAAGCUCUGGAGGAGAACGAGCUGAAACCGGAAUCCUUCUUCACGUUGCAGCACGGAGAGUCUCGCCUGCUGACGUCACGUGACGGGAACGUCUUCCACUGACUGUGGCUGUUAGUGACAUCAUGAAUACUUGGCCUGGUUGUUACAUGACAUACAUAUAUAGAAAAUAUAUUUAAAAUGUAGACUUUUACGCCGAUCGCAGGUAAAGCUGAGCUGGGUUCGGCUUCACAAAUGUUUUUCAUCAUUUCUGCUGUACAUCGUUAGUAUAAGACUGAAAUCUCUAACCAGAAUGUAAGACUGCUGCAUUACUUAAACUUUUCUUUCAAUUAAUUAGAUUUGAAUGCCAUUUGCUGCAUUUAGAAUAAACUGCUUUAAUUGUCUAAGUGCUUCUUCAUUAUAAUCAGUCAGCAUGUUUGAAGGUGGGGCUAUUACAAUAUGCAGGUAUAGGGGUGAACACUAGGUGGCAGUGUUUGCAAGGUUUUCUUGCUAUUCAUUGUAAGCUAUAUGCUUUAUUGCUACUGUAUUAUCAACAUUUUAACCUCAUUCAUGCUGGGG